AUGUCACAAUACAAAACGCACACGCCGAUCGUAUUUGAACCGCCAGUAUGGGAUACCCCGAUUCCAAGAUGGUUCCGCAAAUAUCAAACCAAUCGGUUCAACGCGGCAUUCGUUCUUUGCCUCUCAUACAAGAAGGGCGUCUUCUCCAAGAUCCUUGUCCACAUCUCAGAACCUGAACAAGAGCCCAUCUACUCUGUCAGUCUAUCUCUCGGAUGGUACGGCAGGAUGCUGCUGCACGACGGUCCCGAUGCAGAUUCCCCUGUCCUUGCCGGAUCCGACAUCGAAGGCAAAUGGCGAACCAACUUCAGCAUCUACCUUCCUCCAAUUCCUGGGUUGGAAAUUUCCGAAAGUCAAAUCCUCCGCAGCAAGGGUAUUAUGAAAGAGUGUUACUGGUUUGGCAUGCAAAUUGGCCAAGGCGCAGGCCGGCAUAUCGAAAGAUUCGAGUGGCGCCGCUCUCACGGCACCGAAGUCAAUAGUGAUGAAGAGUCGAAGUACGGCUGGAAGCUUGUCCGACUUGGUCACGAUGCAGAAGAGCCUUGCGACGACAAUCCCAACAAGAAACCGGAUUGGGAAAACGAAAUUACAAACAAUGGUCACGAAGUUGUGGCUGUGUAG